GCCGGUGGUGGCGGCGGCGGUGCUGUUACUACUGGAAGCAAUUCGGGUCCUUCGAAUUUUCCGCCAAGCACUGCUGCAACGAGGAACAGGGAGGCGGCAGCGGCGGCGCUGCACGCGGCAAGAACUUUAUUGGGCGCGGGGGUGGCUAACCCUUGCUCUUCCACCCCCGAGCCGCCCUUCUGGAGGAUGCCUCACAAAGAAGAAGAUCUGAUGCAUGGGGGAGGAGGUCUUGGGGGUGGUUCAAUGGUAGGGCAGAACUCAAUAUUCGGUUGCUCUGCGGCGGGACACAGUGGAGUCAAUCAACUUGGUGGAGUCUAUGUGAAUGGUAGGCCAUUGCCUGACUCUACCAGGCAAAAGAUUGUCGAACUAGCCCAUAGUGGGGCUAGACCCUGUGAUAUUUCACGGAUUCUGCAGGUUAGCAACGGAUGUGUCUCCAAAAUACUUGGCAGAUAUUAUGAAACAGGCUCCAUAAAACCUCGAGCAAUUGGUGGAAGCAAACCACGUGUCGCUACAACACCAGUUGUUAAUAAAAUCGCGGAUUACAAACGCGAGUGUCCAUCGAUUUUUGCAUGGGAAAUUCGUGAUCGAUUACUACAGGAAGGAAUUUGUAAUAACGAUAAUAUACCUAGUGUGUCAUCAAUCAACAGGGUACUGCGUAACUUGGCUUCUCAAAAGGAACAGCAGGCCGCGGCGGUACAGGCACACCAGGGCGCAGAGAGCGUUUACGACAAGUUGCGAAUGUUUAAUGGACAAGCAGCCGCCUGGCCCCACGCUUGGUACGCGGCGACACCCUCGCAUCAUUCUCUCGCCACUAGUAUUCCCGGUACUGCUACACCUGGCUCAGCACAAUCGCUAGUACCUAGCGGUCAACUUCAUGGUCGCGACGAUUCACUACUCAAACGUACAGAUACUGGAUCAUUAUUAUCUCAUCAGCAAGAGACAACAUCCGAUGGUAAUUCAGAGCAUAAUUCAUCAGGCGAUGAAGAUUCACAAGUGCGAUUAAGGUUGAAGCGGAAACUACAACGCAAUCGCACCUCGUUUUCGAAUGAGCAAAUCGAUAGUCUCGAAAAGGAAUUUGAACGGACCCAUUACCCAGACGUGUUUGCACGGGAACGUCUCGCUGAGAAGAUUGGAUUGCCUGAGGCACGUAUCCAGGUGUGGUUCAGUAAUCGACGGGCUAAAUGGCGACGCGAGGAGAAGCUGCGCAACCAAAGAAGGGCGGCCGUUGACCAGGUGGUGGGCGGCGCAAGCACUGGUGGUAGUGGCGGUAGCACGACAACGGCACCACCCGCUGCAACUCCAGCCACACCAAGGAUACCACUCAACGCUGGCUUUAAUGCCAUGUACUCAUCGAUACCGCAACCGAUUGCGACAAUGCCGGAUACUUACAGCUCAAUGACGAGUAGCUUGGGGGGUUCGAUGGGCGGGAGCUGCUUACAACAGCGUCCCGAGGGUUAUCCGGCCUAUGUGUUUCACGAACCGUUGCACUCACUCACGCAGUCGUAUUCACACGCGGCUCACCAAUCGGCCGCAGCCCACUCGCAACCCCAUCGUGGUAUCACGGGGAGUGCUCAUGUAGCUGGCACCCCUAGUACCACCGGAGGUCAGUCCGCCGGCCCAGCUGCACCGCCCUACCAACCGACGACCUCUACCGCGACCGGUGUAAUAUCAGCAGGCGUAUCAGUCCCGGUGCAGAUUCCCUCGCAGACCCCAGACUUGACGGGAAACUAUUGGCCACGACUCCAGUGAUCUCAGCUCUUCGGGUUCCCGCCCGCGAGUUUGCUCGUCGGCCAGGAGAGCCCACCACUGACUCCAUCCACCUCCUCUCCAAAUAUUUCAUCAGCGGGUCAUACGGCAAGGCCUCAAUUACUAGCUAGUCUUGGUAUCAGUCACCUUCAACAACAACAUAUUCAGGCAUCAACGCAUUCAGAGCUGAUACCGAGCGCGCAUUCAACAGCGGUUUCCGUCGGAACACCAGCCGCAAGUACAACGCCGGACAGCACACGGUUAUACAAUUCUGAUACAAGCGAGUGAAACAUGAUUAUUGUUUAAAUUCAAAUAAUACUGAAAGACCUCGAAUGAAAA